AUGGGAGACAAUAAGGCUGGAGGCAUAGUAGCAGCCGCAAAGAACCGUCUGCAGGUGGUGAAGGGCUUGGAGGAUGUAGAGGUGUCUGAGUGUGGGAGUUGCUCCUUUGAGGUUUCUCUUAACCUAGCCUACAUAGAGGGCGUGUGGACAAGGGAUGGGAUGCAGCUUAAAUCUAAACCCAAUUGUCACAUCAGCACACAUGGGAAGAAACACUCCCUCAUACUGAACAGGGUGACUUUGGGAGAUGCUGGUUUGUUCUCCUUUCAAGCCAAUGGCAUUCAGACCACAGGCCGACUCACUGUCAGAGCUAGGGACAUUUACAUUGUGAAGGAGCUGGAAGAUGUUGAUACGAUCGAGCGUCAACCUGUAAACUUUUUAUGUGAGGUCAACCAGGAGGAUGUGGAUGGUCGGUGGUACAGAGAUGACUGCCGGAUCCGUCCUGGGGACAGCAUCAAGAUCAGACACCAAGGUAAAACUCAUACUCUAGUCUUCAAGUCAGUCAGACCAGAACACGCAGGAGAGAUCAGAUUCACUGCAGAGCGUGUCUCUUCCUAUGCAACUCUCACGGUACAAGAGCUUCCAGUCCAAAUAGCACGCCCUCUGAGAGUAAAGAUAGCCAUGUAUCGCCACCGAGGUCUGCUGGAGUGCCAGGUGUCACGGCCUAAUGCUGAAGUCAGGUGGUACAAAAACAGGAAGGAGCUACUUCCCAGCAAGAAGUAUCAGCUAAUCAGCCAAGAUAUCUACAGGCAGCUUGCCAUUGACAAUAUCUGCUCAUCAGAUGAAGACACCUAUACAUGUGAUGCAAGCGAUGAUAAAACAUCUUGUCAGCUUCUGGUAGAGGAGCAGGCUAUCACCAUUGUCCGGGGGAUGAAAUCAGUGGAGGUGAUGGAGCCAGAGCCUGCACUAUUCCAGGUAGAGACCAACUUGAAAUCAGGGAGGCCACCAAAGUGGACACUGAAUGGUGAGGUUCUGGAGCCAUGUGCAGCAGUGAACAUUGACAGGGAGGGCACCCUCCACAGCCUGUGCUUCACCUCCACAGAAAGCUCCAUGUCAGGCCCUGUGCUCUUUGUAGCCGGCAAGAGUCGAUCCACUGCUCAGCUUAUGGUAAAAGAGCGACCUCUUCAGGUAGUCCAUCACUUAGAUGAUGUGGAGGCAAAAGAGAACAGCUCUGUGACUCUGGGCUGUGAGUUUGCCCCAUCUCCCAGGGUGGUGCGGUGGUUUAAGGGCCGUACAGCUCUGAAAUCUUCUAACAAGUACAUCAUGAAGAGGGAGGGGAAACGAGCAGAACUGAUCAUUCACGGCUUGACAGGGAUGGAUGCAGGGCAGUACCGCUGCCUGGCCGGAGGUUCACAGAGCACAGCACAUGUUAAGGUAGAAGUGCGAACUUUGAAGUUGGUCAAACACCUUGAACCAGUGGAAAUUGAGGAGAAUGGCAUCGCCACUUUCUCAUGUGAACUCAACUAUGUGGUAGCCAGCGUGGAAUGGAUCCUCAACAAUGUCUGGCUCUAUUCCAGUGCCAUCAACAAGAUCCACCACAUGGGCACCAUGCACAGCCUCACAAUCAAGAAGCUUCGGCCACAGGAGAGCAGGGUUACCUUCAAAGCAGGCCUUCUGACAGAGACAACUAUCUUAAAGGUCAAAGAAUGCCCAGCAGUGUUCCUAAGGCCUCUGGAGGAUGCAGUUGGAGAGGAGCAAGGGGAGCUUUGUCUUCAGUGUGAAAUUUCCAAAGAGACAGUGACCCCUGUUUGGAAGAAGGAUGGUAUGGCUCUGACAGCUGAUGAUAAAUAUGAGCUGCUCCAGUUUGGCAAGUCCAUGGCACUGAUCAUCCAUUCACUGACUAAGGAUGAUGCAGGACAGUACACAUGUGACCUGGGCACAAGUCAGACCAAUGCAAAAGUUACAGUACAUGACUUACACAUUACAAUUGUCCAGCGUUUGAAGACAACCACUGUCCUUGAGGGAGACACCUGCACUUUUGAGUGUCUUCUCUCCCAUGAUCUUGAUGAACAGCCUUCUUGGACAAUUAAUGGCCAGUUGGUGGUUACCAACAGCCGUAUUCAGCUAAUCAACAAAGGCCGCAAGUAUACAAUGACAAUUAGAGAUGCUAUUCUUACUGAUGCUGGAGAUGUGGUCUUCACAAUCAAAGACCUAAGCUGUAGGACCAUGCUUUUUGUUAAAGAGAAGCCAGUGCACAUCUUCAGGGACCUGCUGAACGUCAAGGGAGUGCCUGGUGAGGAUGCAGAGCUGAGUUGUGAAAUCACCAAACCAGAAGUCACCAUUCGCUGGAUGAAAAAUGGGCGUCUGAUCAAGGCGAGCCCAAAGUAUCAUAUGAGUGUGGAGAAAUAUCUGGCACGAUUGGUGAUAAAAAAUACCACUAUCCGAGACUCUGGGGAGUACUGCUGUGAGGCUGAUGGCGUAGCCUCCCGUGCCAAGCUUGAGAUCAGAGAGUUACAGCACACAUUUGCCAGGGAGCUGAAAGACACUCGAGCAGAAGAAAAAGGAAAGGUGACACUCGAGUGUGAGACCAGGCAGCCAGCCAAGCGUGUGACCUGGCUGAAGGGCUUGAUUGAGCUGCGGUCUGGAAGGAAGUAUGUCAUCAGGCAGAAGGGUGUGGUGUUAUCCCUAACCAUCACCUCAUUGGAGAAAUCGGACACAGAUAUUUACAUAUGUGAUGUUGGCACCAUGCAAAGCCGGGCACAGCUGACUGUGCAAGGUCAAAAGGUGUUGAUUCUGGAUGAAUUAGAAGAUGUUGAGUGUCUCGAGGGUGAAACGGUCACAUUCAGGUGUCAAAUUUCUCCCAGUGACUACACUGGGGCCAAGUGGUAUCUGGAUGAGACUUUGCUUUAUACCAAUGAACUCAAUGAGAUCCAGGUGCUUUCAGGAGGCUUCCACACCCUUACAUUCAAACAGCUCGCCCGUAAAGACACUGGCACUAUUUCGUUUGCAGCAGGGGACAAAAGAUCCUACGCCUCACUGCUGGUUCGAGAAAGGCGUCCCACCAUUUGCAAAGCACUGGAGGACUGUGAGGCCAUUGAAGGAGGUGGUUUGAUUUUGUCCUGUGUGACCUCCAAACCAUGCCACAUCCUGUGGUACAAAGAUGGCUGUUUAAUGUGGAACUCCUCAAGAUACUUUACUAGUCGUUUGGGAUGUGAAGCUCGGCUGACCAUUCGAGAAGUCUGCAAAACGGAUGCUGGAGUGUAUGAGUGCAGUGCAGGCUCCGUUACAACUAGGGCUGCUGUCACUGUCAAAGCCAUCCCAGCAGAGUUCAUCGAGCAUUUGAAGCGUGUGGAGGCCAAAGAAGGAGAAACUGUUACCCUGACCUGUGAAUACUCCCUGCCUGGGGUCCAGGUCCACUGGAAGAAAGGUUUUGAGGGCAUCAGGCCAGGAGAGAAGUAUGUGAUGAAACAGAGGAAAACGAUCAACUCGCUAACCAUCAGAGCCCUAAAACCUGAAGACUCUGGACAGUAUGCAUGCCAGUGCAGAGACCACCACACAACAGCAAGUCUGAAAGUACACGCUAUUCCCAUUACAUUCAUACAACAGCUCAAGAAUAUGCAAGCAGAAGAGGGCAGCAGUGUCAUAUUGCGUUGUGAAAUUUCCAAACCUGGAAUACCAGUAGAAUGGAGGAAGGAGGAUGAGGUGCUGAAGAACAGCGUGAAGUUCCAGAUAAGGAAAAGGGAGACCACACUGGAGCUCCUGAUAUGGAAACCUGUGCCCGAGGACAGUGGGGUCUACAGCUGUGUGUGUGCUGAUCAGAUGACAUCUGCCACUGUCAAGAUCACUGCUCUACCAGUCACCUUCAAGCAGAAGCUGAGGAACGUAUUGAUAGAGGAGGGCAACACUGCAGCAUUACGGUGUGAGCUGUCUAAACCUGGUCACGCUGUGGAGUGGAGGAAAGGAGGGAAUGAACUCAUUCGAAAUGGAGAGAAAUAUCAUAUACGACAGAGAGACACGCUGCUUGAACUGAGGAUUUUUGAUGUGACACUUGAGGACAGCAAUAUCUACACAUGCAUCUGUGAAAACAUAGAGACCACAGCUACUCUAACUGUUAAUGCUCUUCCCAUCACCUUCAAACAAAAACUGAAAAAUGUUCAAAUCGAGGAAGGACACAACAUCACACUAUAUUGUGAGAUCUCUAAACCUGGUGUCCCAGUGGAAUGGAGGCUUGGAGGAGAUCUGCUUGAGCAUGGAGAGAAGUACCAGAUUAAACAAAGAGACUCAGUCCUGGAGUUGACCAUCAGAGAUGCGGUACCAGAAGACAGCGGUGUCUACACAUGUGUGUGUAGAGAGCAGAGGACAAAGGCCACUGUUAAAGUUAUUGCGGUCCCCGCAACAUUUAAAGUGAGUCUUAAGAGUCAGGUGGCUGAAGAAGGGAAGGAUAUGACAUUACAAUGUGAGCUGUCAAAGAAGGGAGUCCCAGUUCAGUGGGAGAAACAGGGUCAGCUGCUCUCUGAGGAGGUAUCUCAGGGAAAGUAUCAGAUGAAGCUCGAAGGAAAGACAGCUAAAUUGACCAUUUUCAGCAUUCAACCAGAAGAUGCAGGAAAAUACAGCUGCAUCACAGGAGAUGAGAAAACAACUGCUGAAGUCAAAGUAAAACCACUUCCUGUUACAUUUAAACGGGAGAUCCAGUGCCUGGUGGUUAAGGAAGGGGACAAUGGAGUUUUCUGCUGUGAGCUCUCCAAACCUGGAGCUCCAGUGAACUGGAGAAAAGGCAGAGUCAUUCUGAAACCUGGAGCGAAAUAUGAAAUGAAAGAGGAGGGGCGUCUCACUAAACUAAUCAUCAACAAUGUGGAGGAGAGCGAUGCUGGAAAAUACACCUGCAAGACCAAAGACAGCCAAUCAACUGCUGAGCUCACAGUCAUAGAAUUACCCAAGCGCAGACGUCAAAGAGAGUUACCACCGAGUUUCAAGAUACUACUAACUAACCAGGAGGUAACAGAGGGUAACAGUGUGGUUUUGCACUGUGAGCUCAACAAACCUGCAGCCUCAGUGGAGUGGAGGAGAGGAGGAGAGCCGCUAAAGAAUGGAGAUAAGUACCAGAUGAGGAAGAAGGACCUGCAGGUGGAGAUGAAGAUUGCAGACCUCUGCGUGGAGGACACUGGAGAUUAUACUUGUAUAUGUGGAGAACAGAGGACAACAGCUGAGAUCAAAGUGAAUGAGCGGCCCAUCAAAUUUCUUCAAGAUCUCAAGAAUAUUCAGGUGCAGGAGGGCAAUGUCGUUACACUAUGCUGUGAGCUCUCCCAGCCUGGAGUCCCUGUGCAGUGGACAAAGGGAGAAACUGUGUUGACCAAUGGAGAGAAAUACCAGAUAAAGCAGAGUGGCUGUAUCCAAGAGCUCCACAUCAGGAAAACCCUCCCUGAGGACAGCGGCACAUACAGUUGCAGUUGUGAUGAUAUAAAAUCCACAGCAACAAUCAUCAUUAAUGCAAUACCAGUGACCUUCAAGCAGAAAUUGAAGAACCAGGAAGCUGUGGAGGAGGGCUGUGUGACGUUACGCUGCGAGCUUUCAAAAGCUGGAGUUGCAGUGGAGUGGAGGAAAGAUGCUCAACUAGUGAAAGAGGGAGAAAAAUUCCAAAUAAAGCAAGAAGGCCGGGUGGCUGAGAUGCUAAUCAGAAACUUAACUCUCACAGACACUGGGGAGUACAGCUGUUCUGUUGGGACUGCUGUGACAUCAGCUGACGUCAAAGUAAGAGCACUUCCUGUUACAUUUAAGAAAGAGGCUGAGAAUUUGGAGGUGAAGGAAGGGGACAGUGGAGUUUUCUGCUGUGAGCUCUCUAAACCCGGAGCGCCGGUGGACUGGAGGAAAGGCAGAGUCAUCCUGAAGCCUGGCUACAAAUAUGAGAUGAAACAGGAGGGACGUCUCGCUAAGCUAAUCAUCAAUAACGUGGAGGAGAGUGAUGCUGGCAAAUACACCUGCAAGACCAAAGACAGCCAAUCGACUGCUGAGCUCACAGUCAAAGCACCGCCUGUCACAUUCAAGACUAAGUUAAGAAACCAGCAGGUGGAGGAGGAGAAUAGUGUGAUGCUGAGCUGCGAGCUGUCUAAGCCUGGCCUUGCUGUGGAGUGGCGGAAAGGAGAAGAGCUGCUGAGGAAUAAUUUCAAGUAUCAGAUUAAAAAUCGAAACAGCGUCAUGGAGCUGACUAUCAAAAACGCACAGCUGGAGGACAGUGGAGUCUACAGCUGUUUCUAUGGAGAUGUCAAGACUACUGCCAAUGUCACAAUUACAUCUAUACCUCUCACUUUUAAAAUGGGUCUGAAGAACCAGGAGGCCCCUGAAGGAGGCAACGUGUCCCUGCGCUGUGAACUAUCCAGGGCUGGGGUGCCUGUGCAGUGGUGGAAGGGGGAGGACCAGCUUUAUCAUGGAGGACGAUAUCAGAUGACACUAAAGGCUAGGAUAGCUGAGAUGACCAUCAGAAACAUCCAGCCAGAGGAUGUUGGCGAGUACAGCUGCGUCUUUGGGGAGCAGAAGACGACAGCUGAAGUGAAUGUGAGAGCGGCAGCAUCAGUGUUCUUUGAAAAGGAACUAGAGAGACAAACUGUGAUGGAGGGGAAAUCUGUGCUGUUCUCCUGUGAAGUCUCCAGUCCUAAUGUGCCAGUCACAUGGAAGAAGGACAACACUGUGGUGGAAGAAGGACGUUAUAUUGUAAAAAAGAAAGGUCCCACACACACUCUGGAGAUCAAGAAAUUAUAUCUGGAGGAUGCUGGGGAGUACUCCUGCAUUACCAGGGGCAAAAAGACCACUGCUAAGCUGACUGUCAGGGAGCGCGUUCGGAUCGUUACAGAGCUGCAAGACAAAACGGUGACAGCGGGAGAGGACGCAGUGUUUGUGUGCGAGCUGAGUCAUGCAGACGUGAGUGAGGGCAUCUGGUGGCUUGGGAAUAGCCCUCUGCAGAAGAAUGAGAUGAACCAGAUGACAUGUCACGGCCGCCAGCACCGAUUGGUCCUCACCAUGACAACACCUGAGGAGACAGGCACUGUAGCUUUUGUGGUCGGGGAGGAGAGGACCUCUGCACGCCUGCUGGUUGUUCCUAAGCCUAAAGUUUUAUUUGAGGAGAAGCCCAAAGACACAGUGGUCAUGGAGGGUGAGACGGCUACUUUGAGUUGCACCACUUCUGACUUCACCACCUCGGUUACCUGGAAACGCAACCACAUUCCCCUCCGAAAUGAUGACAAAUACGAGAUGCGCAAGGAGGGAAAAGUCAACCUGCUGCUCAUCCAUGAUGUGGACCCCCUGGAUACUGGUGUAUACUCCUGUGACACAGGAGAUAUACAGAGCAGUGCCAAACUUACUGUCACUGAGCUUCCUCCAUUCUUCCAGGAGGAGCUGCAGAGUGUGGAAGCUGAAGAAGGCGGUUCAGCCACCCUGUAUUGUGAGCUGUCCAAACUUGGAGUACCAGUUCAGUGGAAGAAAAACAACCUGCCCUUAAGAGCCAGCAGGAAGCAUGAGAUGCAACAGGAUGGCUGCUUCCUCCAGCUUCACAUCAAGGAGCUCAAACUUGAAGACAGUGGCAGCUACUCAUGCCAAGCAGGGAGUGCAGAAACCACUGCAACUGUGUCUGUGAAAGAGCUCCCUCCAUUCUUCAAGAAAGAAUUAAGAAGUGUGGAGGCUGACGAGGGAGGUGUGGCCUCCGUGUACUGUGAGUUGUCAAGACCUGGGGUGCCAGUGCAGUGGAAAAAGAACAGACUUCCUCUGAGAGCCAACAGGAAGUAUGAAAUGAAACAAGAUGGCUGUAUCGUCCAGCUCCAGAUUAAAGACCUCAAGCCUGACGACAGUGGCAACUACACAUGUCACGUGGGAAGUUCAGAAACCAGUGCAAAUGUGUCAGUGAAAGAGCUUGCGCCAUUUUUCCAAAAAGAACUGCAGAAUGUAAAGGCAGAGGAGAGAGGUACAGCCUCACUGUGCUGUGAGCUGUCCAAGCCUGGAAGAUCAGUGCAGUGGAAGAAGAACAAGCUGCCUCUGAGAGCCAGCAGGAAGUAUGAGAUGAAGCAGGAUGGCUGCUUACUCCAGCUCAACAUCAAAGAGCUCAAACUCGAGGACAGUGGCAGCUACACAUGUCAUGCGGGAAGUGCAGAGACCACUGCAACUGUGUCAGUAAAAGAGCUUCCACCCUUUUUCAGAGAAGAAUUACAAAGUACAGAGGCUGAGGAAGGAGGUACAGCCUCACUGUGCUGUGAGCUGUCCAAGCCUGGGAUGUCAGUGCAGUGGAAGAAGAACAAACUGCCUCUGAGAGCCAGCAGGAAGUAUGAGAUGAAGCAGGAUGGCUGCUUACCCCAGCUCAAUAUUAAAGACCUCAAACCCGAGGACAGUGGCAGCUACACAUGUCAUGCAGGAAGUGCAGAGACCACUGCAACUGUGUCAGUAAAAGAGCUCCCUCUUUUCUUCAAGAAAGAAUUACAAAAUACAGAAACCGAGGAGGGAGGUACAGCAACCCUAUACUGUGAAUUGUCCAAACCUGGGAUGUCAGUGCAGUGGAAGAAAAACAAAAUGCCAUUAAGAGCCAGCAGGAAGUAUGAGAUGAAGCAGGAUGGCUGCCUCCUCCAGCUCCACAUUAAAGAUCUCAAACCCGAGGACAGUGGCAGCUACACAUGUCAUGCGGGAAGUGCAGAGACCACUGCAACUGUGUCAGUGACAGAGCUUCCACCCUUUUUCACAGAAGAAUUACAAAGUACAGAGGCUGAGGAAGGAGGUACAGCCUCACUGUGCUGUGAACUGUCCAAGCCUGGGAUGUCAGUGCAGUGGAAGAAGAACAAACUGCCUCUGAGAGCCAGCAGGAAGUAUGAGAUGAAGCAGGAUGGCUGCUUACUCCAGCUCAACAUCAAAGAGCUCAAACUUGAGGACAGUGGCAGCUACACAUGUCAAGGGGGAAGUGCAGAGACCACUGCAACUGUGUCAGUAAAAGAACUUCCUCCAUUUUUCAAAGAAGAAUUACAAAAUAUAGAGGCAGAGGAAGGGGGUACAGUUUUGCUGUCCUGUGAGCUGUCUAAGCCUGAUGUGUCAGUACAGUGGAAGAGAAACAGACUACCACUGAGAGAAAGCUGGAAGUAUGAGACGAAGCAGGAUGGCUGCCUCCUCCAGCUUCAUAUUAAAGAGCUCAAACCCGAGGACAGUGGCACCUACACGUGUCAAGCAGGGAUUGCUGAAACUACUGCAAAAGUGUCAGUGAAAGAGCUCCCACCUGUUUUCAAAAAAGACUUGAAAGAUGUGGCUGGUGAGGAAGGUGGCACAGCCUCUCUGUACUGUGAAGUGUCUAAACCUGGACUAUCAGUGCAGUGGAAGAAGAACAAGGUGCCCCUGAGAGCAAACAGGAAGUAUGAGAUGAAGCAGGAUGGCUGUCUUCUCCAGCUCCACAUCAAAGAGCUCAAACCUGAGGACAGUGGCAGCUACUCGUGUCGAGCAGGAGCUGCAGAGACAGCUGCAACUCUGACAGUGAAAGAGCUCCCUCCUUUCUUCAAGAAAGAAUUACAAAAUAUAGAAACCGAGGAGGGAGGUACAGCAACCUUGUACUGUGAAUUGUCUAAACCUGUGGUGUCAGUACAGUGGAGGAAAAACAAAAUGCCAUUAAGAGCCAACAGGAAGUAUGAGAUGAAGCAGGAUAGCUGCCUCCUCCAGCUCCACAUCAAAGAGCUCAAACCCGAGGACAGUGACAGCUACACAUGUCAAGUGGGGAGUGCAGAAACUAGUGGGACUGUGUCAGUAAAGGAGCUCCCACCAUUUUUCAAGGAAGGUUUACAAAGUGUGGAGGCUGAAGAAGGAUGCACAGCUUCCCUUUCCUGUGAACUGUCUAAACCCGGAGUGGCGGUGCAGUGGAAGAAGAAUAGGUUGCCGGUGAGACCGAAUGCAAAGUAUGAAAUGAAGCAGGAUGGCUGCUUCAUGCAGCUGCUUAUUAAGGAACUCAAACUGGAAGACAGUGGCAGCUACACAUGUCAUGCAGGAAAAGCAGAGACCACUGCAACUGUAACAGUGAAAGCGCUCACUCCAUUCUUCAAGAAAGAAUUAGAAAGUCUAGAGGCUGAAAUAGGAGGUACAGUCUCCUUGUACUGUGAGGUGUCUAAGCCCGGAAUACCAAUACAAUGGAAGAAGAACAAGCUGGCACUGAGAGCAAGCAGGAAGUACGAGAUGAAGCAAGAUGGCUGCUUCCUGCAGUUGAACAUCAAGGAGCUCAAACUUGAAGACAGUGGUAGCUACUCUUGUCAGGCAGGAAGCAUAGAGACCACUGCAACAGUGCAAGUAAAAGCUCUACAACCGACUGUAACAAAGGCAGAACCUCCAACAAUAUUGCCGCAGGUAAAAGGAACAAUUUCCAAAACAACUCCUACUCAAGAGACAGAGAGGCCUGAACUACCAGAGGAUAAACCAGUUCCUCCUGAGCCCAAAAAGAGGGCAAGAAAAGCAUCACUUGCAAAUUCUGAAAAAGACACAGAGCUAGUUUUUGACCUCACACCUGUGGUGAAAGAUGAUAAUAAAAUCCAAAAGGACAUUCAGUCUGCAAAAUCCACAGAGAAGGACUUUGAUGUUGCACAGAAUGCAGCACAUGUAGAGAGUAAUAAAGAGAAGUACAGUGAGGUGAGCGAGAAAGCUGAUAAAUCUGUGAGACUACUGGAGAAAGACUAUAGGGUUGACAAAAAGGCUGAAGAGCCAACUAGGCAUUUGGAAAAAGAAAGUGAUGCUUUCUCGGAGAUGAAACAAACAGGAAGACAGAUUGAAGAAUUAGUUAAAACUGACCAUGAAGUAACUCAGUCAGAUGGGGUUAUGGAUGAAACAGUGUUUGAACAAAGGAAACAAAAAGAAAAGAAACAUGGAACUGAAAAGACUUUAGCAAAAACAAGAGAAGUUGAGGAGAAGGGGAAACACCCAGGUGCAGACGUGAAAACACUAGAAGGGUUGAUUAGAAAAGAGUCGAUGAAUGAUCAAGAUAUGAAAUCUUUAGAAAAUGAAGGCAAAGUAGACAAAACAGAAGAAGAGCCUUUUAAACCACCAAUAAGAUCUAAAGGCAAAUUAACAGAUGGAAAGCAACCAAUUAAACAUAUACUGAAGGAAAAUGAAGAGAUCAUUCCCAAGGUGUUAAAGACUACACUGAAUGAUUCUGAAGAGGACCGCAAACAGAGAGGUCGUAUGAAUAAACCAGCUUUCAGAGAGUCAGAGAGAGAGAACAAGCAAGAGCAAAUGCUUGACCAACUGCCAGCUGAACAACCAGAAAGGCUGGUAGAAAAAGAAGCUCAAUUUACCCCACCAAAGCCUCCUGUGAGGACAAAGAGCAAAAUAAAAGGUGUGGAAAAACAAGUGUCAAGAGACACUGAGACGGAUCAAGAUGAACAAGAGCCAACUCGAGGAGUGGUAAAGGUUAAAGACCAGCCUACAAAACAAAUAAUAAAGCCGUUAAUAAAAGAGGCUGAAGAGAAACCAGCGUUUGAGAGGAACCAGUCAGUUAGAGCAACUGAGAAAAUAGAGCAGGCUACCAAACGUCCAUUAAAACAGCCAGUUAAACCCAUGAGAAAAGAACCUAAAGUGGAGCACGAUGUGAAACUGGCAGUCGAGCCCGUUAGGAAGGAGGUAGAACAACAAAUAGCAAAGGUGGCAGAAGAUAUUCCUCUCCUUUACAUUUCCGAAGAUGAAACUUUCUCAGAGGCUUUGACUGAGAUACCAACUAUCCACAGCGAUGUCCAGCCUGUUGAAUCUUUUGUUGAAGGGCCUAAAGCAGAGCUGCCACUCCAGAAGAUGGAGCCAUCGAAGGAGUCUCCACCGGAGAUCAACAUCAGCGCUGAGGAUGAACCACAAAUGCAAGAGGCUGCAGUCAAGAUCCAGGCUGCCUUCAAAGGCUACAAAACGCGUAAAGAUAUGCGCCCUGUGUUUAAAGAGGUUUUUAAGAACCAGACUGCAGAUCUUCACAGUAUGCUCACUCUAAUGUGUGUUGUGGAGGGAAAACCCAGCACAGUACGGUGGCUGAGAAAUGGCCAACAAAUCACCAAUGACCAGCGAUGCAGAAUUAAGACAACAGAUAAUGGAGAAUGCACACUCGCAAUUAAAAACCUGAUUAGCAGUGACAGUGGAAUUUAUACCUGUGAGGUGGUCAAUAAGUUUGGUGUGACCUCCUACAAUGGAAACAUAACAGUAGCGCAGACUGCACAGCUGGCUCCUGUAGCCCAGAAACCUGCACAUCCACCUCUUGCUGCCAAAACUCCUUUGCAGCUUGCCCCAACAAAGCCUGAAGCCCCACCCAAAAAGCAGAGUGAGAAUCUGCCACAGAGUCACGUGCAGGUGCCCACUUCAGCAGCAGAUACUGAGAACUAUGUAGAAAGUAUGAACAUCUCUCUAUGGGAGGCCUACAACCUGACAGAGAAGGAACCUCAGAUGAGCUUACAGGAGAGAAGACGAUCCUCACUCAUAGCUGCCAGCUCCGUGUCGAGUCCCUCUGAUUAUGACACCGCUCCCGAUAUGAUGGAACCUGUGGAGAUUUCCCCAGUCACACCAAGGGAAGUCCCAAAACCAGCAGAACAAGCAGCUCCAAAGGAUGAUAAAGAAGAGAUAACUGCUCCCCAACCCCCGAAGAUGCUGUUGAAGAUCAAAGGGGGCCAUGAUAUUAAAAUGAGGACACCGUCCCCCAAACAUCGUGCCCACACCCCCUUAGAAAGCACCGUUUCCGGAUCUGAGUCAGAAGGGGAAGAGGAUAGACGAGUGACAUUUGAAAUAUAUGUGACUCGAGCACACUGCAGCCCAAAUAGUGGAAAUAAGGACAGUUUUGUUCUGAAGGAGGGUCAGUUUGUAGAGGUCCUAGACUCUGUUCAUCCUGACAGAUGGCUGGUGAGGACAAAACCCACCAAAGCCAACCCGGCUCGGCAGGGAUGGCUGUGUCCAGCAUACCUAGAGAAGAAGAGAAAGGAGACCUUCCCUCAGCUGAGAGCACCUCAAGAAGAUCUUGAUGGGAUCGGGUCUAAGGGAGAAGAGUACAGGAGAGGCCUGAGCCAGUUGAUCCAAGGCCUGAUUGAUGGAGAAGAGGAGUUUGUGAAAGAAAUGAAGAUGUUUAUAUCCCACCAGCUAAAUUAUCUGGAUUCUAGCUGCCACAUCCCCAUCAACAUCCUCAACCAGAAAGAGAUCAUUUUCAGGAACAUCAAGGACAUUGUGUCAUUGCACGAGAGGUCUUUCCUUCCUGCGCUGAGGGAGUGUGUCACAGAUGAUGAUGUGGCUAUGCAUCUGAUCAAACACAGAGAAGACUUUGAGAAGUAUCUUCACUACAUGGUGGGACAAGCUCAAGCAGAGGCCUGCAUCACUGACAAGACUAUCCAGCAGUUUUUCAAAGAGUUUACAGAACCUGGUAAAACUGACUGUGCUGUUAUGGAUGUCCUUACAUUCCUCCAGCAACCAGUAGAAAGAAUUCAAACUUACCAAGCUUUACUGAAGGAGUUAAUCAAGAACAAAGCUAAGAGUGGCCAGAGCUGCUAUCUUCUGGAGGAUGCUUUCUCUUUGGUGUCCUGCCUUCCCUGGAGGUCAGACAACCUGCACAAAGUGUCUCUGAUUGAGAACUACCCAGCUCCUCUUAUUGCCCUGGGUGAGCCCGUACGUCAGGGAUCUUUCACAGUGUGGGAGGAAUCUCCGGAAAUUAAGACGCCCUCUAGAGGGCAUCAGAGACAAGUCUUUCUCUUUAAGGAAUGCAUUGUACUGUGUAAACUGAAAAAAGACACCAGCAUGAACCGAGACACCUACAGCUUCAAGAACAAAAUGAAGUUGAAUGAUGUGGAAAUAAAGGAGACUGUGGGUGGAGACGAAAAGUCUUGGGGCUUGUGGCAUGAGCACAGAGGCUCCAUAAGAAGGUACACACUGCAGGGCCCCUCAACACUAGUUAAACUGUCCUGGCUUAAAGACCUGAAGGAGCUACAGCAACGUUCCAGCCUGCCCACUAACAGUCCCCCAGUGUUUGAGUCACUUUUGUCUGACUGCACAUCAAAGAUAGGACAGACAAUCAAACUGACCUGCAAAGUCUCAGGCUCUCCGAAACCAGAUAUCAGCUGGUUCAAAGAUGGUCUUCCUUUGGAAGAUGACCCACGUCACAUCAUCACAUCAGACCGGUCAGGCACUUGUAGUCUCAUCCUGGACAGCCUCACUGGAGAAGACUCUGGAGAGUAUGCGUGCUACGCUACCAGCUUCAUGGGCAGUGCUGGCACUCUGGCAAAGGUGGUGGUGCAGGCUCCUCCCAGGUUCGUGAGUCGACUGGAAAGUGCAUGUCUCAUAGAAGGAGAGGACAUCCAGUUCUCUUGCUCCACUUUCACCACCCCUUUACCAAAGAUUAGGUGGUUGAAAGAUGGCAAAGAAUUGACUGAUCAGCAGAAAUACUUAAUUGUGAAUGAUGCUCGAAGUGGAAUCUUGACUUUGACGGUCAUCAGGGCAACUGAUGCAGAUAUUGGACAGUAUGAGUGUGAGCUUUGGAAUGAACUUGGUGGUGUCAAGUGCAAGGCAGGUCUAUGUCCCGCCUAUGUACCACCUACCGACCAUGAGAACGACCAACCACAGGACUUACCUCCUAAAGAUCCUGACUCAGAGGGCUGGUCUGCUGCAUUUGUAAAGAAAUGGUUACAGACUGAUUUCACCCGCACCUCAAUUGCCAAGAUGCUUUUCCCUCCCGAAAAUCCUGAACACACUGAGGGUAGCACUGAAGUGACUGUUUAUGCCCCCACAUCAGAGGAUCAAGCAGUACAGCAGCCCAUUCGUUACCUCGAGGAAGAAGAGGAGAUCUACAUCUCAGAGCAAAUACAGGAAAUUACAGAUGCUCCUCCAUCUAUUCAGGUACCCACUGAGGACCUGCGUGUAGAGCCUGGCCAGCCAUCUACAUUUACAGCCAUCAUCACAGGAAGACCGACACCAAAGAUAAAGUGGUACAAGGAUGAAGAAGAGCUUACAGCCAAUGAGAAUGUGAAGAUAACACAGCAUGGUGCCCGCUGCUCAUUAACCAUUGUGUGCACCGAGGGUGAAGACAGUGGCAUAUACACCUGCUUCGCUCACAAUGACUCUGGUUAUGCAUCAUGUCAGGCUGAGCUCACAGUAGAAGAAGGACCACUGGAAUUUCAGGAGAGGGAGGUGGAGCUGGGAAAAAGAAGGAAGUUAUUCUCUGUCUAUGAUGUCCACGAGGAAGUUGGAAGGGGAACAUUUGGAAUAGUGAAGCGCGUAGUCCACAGAAGGACCGGUGAGGUCUUUGCUGCUAAGUUUCUGCCUCUGCGGAGCAGCACUAGGACACGGGCCUUCCAGGAGAGGGACCUGCUAUCCCGUCUCGCUCAUCCCAGAGUGGCCUGUCUGCUGGACUUCUUUUGUACCAGACGCACCUUGGUGCUAAUCACAGAAAUCUGCUGUUCUCAUGGACUUUUGGAUCAUUUAUUACUUAAAGGAUCAGUCUCAGAAAAAGAGAUUCAGUCAUUCAUUCAGCAAAUUCUUGAAGGAGUUGGUCACAUUCAUAGCAUGAACAUCUUGCAUCUGGACAUUAAACCUGAAAAUAUCCUCAUGGUUUAUCCCCCAAGAGAUGAGAUCAAAAUCUGUGACUUUGGCUUCUGCCAGGAAAUAGACACAUCGAGACACCAGUACAGCAUGUUUGGUACACCUGAAUUUGUUGCACCAGAAAUUGUUCACCAAGAACCAGUCACUGUGGCCACUGAUAUUUGGGCCGUGGGUGUUGUUGCUUUUCUGUGUCUGGUGUGUCGAUGCCCUUUUGUGGGCGAGACUGACCGUGCUACACUGGUGAGGGUAGGGGAAGGGACUUUGAACUGGGCUGCCCCUGAUAUCAUGUACAGGAGCCCAGAAGCCAAGAACUUUCUCCACAUGGUCCUUCAGCCUGAUCCAGAGAAACGGCCAUCUGCCUUUGAGUGCUUGAGCCACGAAUGGUUCCAGGAUGAACAUGCUGGAGAGGACACGGAUGAAAUCAACACAAAGAGUUUGAAAGUCUUCAUUUCAAAAAGGAAAUGGCAGCGUUCCUUGACGUGCAUUGGAUCAGUGCUCACAUUGAGGCCCAUUCCGGAGUUACUAGAUGCUCCUCUCAGGGAGACGGCAGUGACAGUGCCCCGUGAGCCCCAAGAACACAGCAGUACCUCUCCAAGCAGUGGCUCUUCGUCAGAGUAUGACGAGGCUGACUCUUGGGACUUUUUCCAACACUGCAGCCAGACUGAAGAGGAAGAGGAAACAGAGGAAGACUAUGAUCCUUUAAUGGAGACAGCACAGAUCCCAGAUCCUUUUGCCAAACUCCACCUGGAUAGAGAAGAGGAAGGGGAUGUGACACUAGAGGAGGAAGAGGAUGGGGAGCUGGUAGGAAGGAGGACUGUAUUAGAGCGGAGUAUGAGCAGGCAAUCAGUUGCAUCAUCAGAAGUAUCGUGUCAAAGAACACCUCAGAGGGAACGUCGGUUCAGCAAGGACAGCAGUCCAUCCCUCUAUUUAUCUGAUGGGGAUGAGGGUUCAGGGAGUGAUGGAGGUCGUAUUCCUCGGGGGAGCGUCAUCCGAAGCACUUUUUACAGCACCUCUCAUCAGCUUUCACCGUUGUCUGCCAGACACAUGACAUUAAGGGACAAAUUUCAAGCUAAGAAGCAGGAGAGAGGCCGCAAGCCACUCAGGAGGAGCUUCUCAGGACGCCUCAAUGAGCCUCUUAUUGAAUAUGUGGAGGAUGAAACAGAGACAAGUCGGGGCCAGAGACGGGCAUCCAUCCAGCCCACAAUGCAGAAGUCCUGCUCGUUUGACAGUGGAGUGGGUUUCGCCCAUGGUAAUGUACCCCCUCACAGAAGGAGUAGGUCUCUCGAUGAGUAUUCGCGUCGGUCUCCCACCUCACCCAUACGUGCAAAGGCAGGUGAAGAAGAAGGUUCGCAAAGUCUAAAGGAAGAUUUCACAGAUGAUGAAGUGGCAGGGACAAAUGUGCUUGCUAUCCCAAGCUCUCAGCGAGCCACAAGAAGAGGCUCUGCCACUCCUGUACAAGUGACUCAGACUUUUCGAGGAGCCUCUGUUACUUCAAGGUUGGACCAAGAACAGACAGAGGGAGAUACCUUUGCUGGCUCCCAAGGGUCUCUGGCUGAGUCUUUUAUUUUGGAGCACGGAGGCUCAGAGUCUUCAAGUAGACUCGGCUCCUGUGAAGAACUGAGUCAUGGUCAUCACAGAGGAAGAUACAGAUCAGGACACAGUGAUGGAUAUGAUGAUCAGGGUGAGCCUCUGAUUUCACCAUCAUCUCGCUCCUUUCAAGAAGUAAAACCGAGAAGCUCAUUUCCCCAGGCACCACCACGUAAUCGCACACGCUCCAAUCCUAACCUGUCUACGCACACCAGAGGUCAGCUGGGGACGCCACUUAUGCCAAGCCCCAGUCCCAGUCUCUCAUCUCUACAGGUUCCAGAGAGGCCUCCCAGAGCCCGGGAUAAAAAAGAGGGUCAUGGCCUCCAGAGGCAUGCAUCUGCUCCAGCCCUUGAAGCCCGACCACCUACAGGAAGGUCACCCAAACUGGGACUGCUGAACAUCUUCCGCAGGCAAUCCUGGACUGGCCAUUCCUACUCUCAUCUGGAGGACACAGAGUUAGGACCAACACUGGGAGAGAUUAUGAAGCCUGAUACACCCACCAUGUCUCUAAGGAAGAAAAUGAGAGCUUCAGCUUCCAGCCUGACCAAACUGUUUUCCAGAUCCUCCAGUAAAGAGGAUGUUAGUAAAGGAGGGCCAAUAGUGAAAGGAUCAGCUCCCACCCCACCUGAAAGGAAGCGUAGUAGUGGUCUUGAGAGUCCCAAAAAGAGAACCUCAAAGCUCUUAUCAUCUUUCAAAAUACCUGCAUUUAAAAAGAAAGUUCGCCCCAGCAAGGCUGAGCUGCUACAGUUAGAUGGAGGAGGAGUGCUCCUUGUGUGGAGGCCGGUUAAGUCAAGUGAUCCUGUCACUUACUGCGUGCAGUACUGCACAGAUGGUGGGGAGUGGACAGUCCUGUCAGAGGAAGUCACAGAGAACUGUUAUGUGGUAAAGGACUUACCAAGAGGAGCUUCUUACGUUUUCAGGGUGGGUUGCGUCACAAAGACCGGAGCAGGACCUUUCAGUGACCCUUCAGCUCCUGUUGUUAUGGCAACUCAUCCUGAAGAGAUUCACAUUCCUCUCAUUCAGACGGAGUCGCUGGGGUCAAAGGUCACUGGAUCAACACAACAAGCAGCACACAAUAGCUACAACUUCCUCUCUGAGAUCAACAGGGGUCGUUUCAGCGUGGUAACCCUGUGUAGGAAUGCUGAGACCAGCCAGGUGUUUGCUGCUAAGAUCACCCCAUACCAGGCAGAGCAAAGACAACUGGUGCUGAGGGAGUACCAGCUGCUGAGGAGGCUUCACCACCCCCACCUGGUUCAGCUGCACUGUGCUUUCAUCACCCCCUGCUACCUGGUGUUAGUGGAAGAGCUCUGUCCCGGCAAGGAGCUCCUCUACAGCCUGGCUGCAAGAGAUCUGUAUGCAGAGACUCAAGUUGCAGAGGUGUUGGUUCAGAUUCUGAGUGCAGCCGACUAUCUCCACAGCCGUCGAGUUAUCCACCUGGACCUGAAGUCUGACAACAUGCUGGUGGACGAUUGCAACCACCUGAAGAUUGUUGACUUUGGCUCAGCUCAGUCCUUCACACCUGGACAGCCUCUAAACAUCGAGCACAUCCAGGGCCUUUCUGACAGCAAAGACUCCCGCAGCAAAGCUCCGGAAAUCCUCGAAGGUCAGGGUGUUGGGCCAGAGACUGACAUUUGGGCUAUUGGAGUUCUAUCUUUCAUCAUGUUGAGCGCUGACAGCCCGUUCCAUGCAGAACACAGCUGGGAGCAAGACAGAAACAUCAAGAAAGGGAAGAUCCAGUUUGGACGCUGUUACCCUGGUUUGUCUGAGGGAGCCUUGAACUUCAUGAAGAGUAGCCUGAAUAACAAAUCCUGGGGGAGACCCACUGCAGCCGAGUGUCUCCAGAAUCCAUGGCUCCGUGCUCAUCGUACCCCUCACAAAGCCCGACACUCCAAAGUGUGUUUCUCCACUGACAAGCUUAAAGCUUACCUCAAGCAGAAAGAGGAGAAACGAGAUCAGGUGCACACCAAGCUUCAGGGUCCCUUCUGCCAGUAAGGUGACAAUGUCAAAAAUAUGAUUAUUUUUCUUAAAGAGAAAAAAUCUGCGGCCUUUACAACAUGUGGUUGCAGCAGUUUGUGUUUCAAAUGUUGCUCUUUUUCUUGGGAAGCUGAAACCAGGUCAGAUUUAUAAAAACAUCUGAUUUUAAAAAUUUGAUGCGUCUUAAUGAGUUGCAGAGUGUACUUCUGUAUUCAAUUGUGUAUGUGAGUCUGCUGCUUUUUUUUUUCUUUAUUUUUUUUGCGCAUAUCAGGGAUAACAUUUAAUAAAGUAAGACGCGCACAGUGCUGGAUGAGUUGUAAAGUUUAAGAGUGUGUUGUUUUGCUCCUCUGCUUUGGUGGCAGACAGGCACACGUGUGGUAGAAAUAUUUUCUGCGCUAUUCUGUCUCCUUCAGAAAGCUGUAUUUUAUUGCCGUAUUUUAUUUAAAACUUCACAUGAUCUGCCUUAAGAUUGCAAUGUGUAAACAGGAAGUUGAUUAGACCUAUAGUUUUCAUUGGAUGCUUCCAAGUUUCAUAUUAACCACCCACCAGAAUGAAAAAGUGAAUGAAAUAAUUAUUAAAUGAUGCAAAAGUG